AGUCUACAAUAUCCCUCUCUGUUAGGAUAUAGGGUAUUUGGGAUAUAAGGGUAUAAUGGGAAAUGGGAUUAGGAUAGAAGGUAGAGGAAUUGUAUAAAUAGAUUGUUUGGAUAGUUAGAAGGGAGUUUUUGAGUACAUUGUUUGUUAACAGGCCAUUGACCUGUGAAGAGGGUUAUGCCUCUAGAUCUUGUAUACACUAUUUUUUCUGUUAAUAAUACACAAUUCACCAUAUAUUUCUCUCUGUUUUCUGGGUGUGAGAGACUGUGAGGGAGUUCUUGAUUAGGUUCCUAGUUUAGGAACCUAUCAAUUGGUCCGACCUGCCGGAUCAAGACGUCGCCAAAAUCGGGUGGGGUGAAAGAAAUUGCGGUUGAUAGAAUGACGGUGCAGACAGGGGAGCUGCGAUCAGAUUAUACAGCAAUAUGCCAAGAUUAUGCUGCAAUACGCCAAGAUUAUAGUGCAAUACGCCAAGAUUUGCAAGAAAUCAUAAGGAUGUUUGGUGGUCGAGGCCACAACCAGGACGACCAACAUUGGGACCGGCGAAAGGAAGAGGAAGGGGAGAGAGGGGAUGAACGCCAUGAAGUGCAACCCAGCGGGGAGAGGAGAGUAGAUUUACCCGUUUUCGAAGGGUUUGAUGCGAUGGGGUGGAUUGCUAGGGCGGAGACAGUUUUUGAGACCCAGGGGGUGAAGGAGGAAGAAAAGGUGCGUCGGGCAGCCAUUAGCAUGGAGGGAAGCGCGGGUUACUGGUUCAGAGCCUGGAAGGAGAAAGCCAAGAAUCGUUCUUGGAAUGGUUUGAAGGAAGCCCUAGUGAUACGGUUUGGAACCAUCGUUGAGCGUUUGGCGGCAUCCAAACAGAAAGGGACGGUGGACAAGUCGACCUCAAGAUUUUGGCAGGUCGAGGGUCAGAAGACGAGUCAUUUGGGGGACGAAUGCGAGGAGCCAACCACAGUUUCAUAGGCAAGGUACUAGUAGAGGAUCAGGGUUUACCCAUGGAGGAUACCCAACCGUACCAGGUGAGCUUGGGGGAUGAGCAGAGGAAGAAAACCAACAUGGACCGAAUGGUUGAAGUUAGCGGGAAGGAACCGAACGGUAGAUCGAGUGUUGCCGAGUGGUCCGAGGUCGAGCGCAAUUUCCCAGGUGAGGUUGCCGAGCAGUCUGAGACAAAAUUAGACCUGAAGCAGACGGAGU